CCAGGGAGGCAGCUGGCUGCUGGAGUCAGAAGAAAGUGAUGUUUUUUUCUAGGUCAGGGUUGAAGGCACUGUCAGGGUGGUGAUGUGCAGCAUAUCUUACUGUCUGCAUUGUCCCUGCCAUAUGGAUGUGUGCACGCUGCCCUUGGCAUGCAGGCAUUGAAUUAUUUAUCCUCUCCAAAUCUGGAGGCAGCCUUUCUUCCCCUGUCUCGAAGAAAGCCAAACUUACCCGAUGAGUGUUUUUAAAAUAAACCUUCCGCUGUGAAUUACUGCAGUGGCAGGAGCAGGGUAUUGAUUGUAUGUUGCGUUUGGAGUCGGAAACCAAAGGUUACAACACUGGAUAUCUUGUGGAAACACUGAAAUAUUUAUUUUGCUGUUAGGUGUAAGUGUGUCUGUGCUGGCGCUGGGUUCGUAUGUGGCUGAAAUGCCAUGUAAUGAAAUUUCUGGACUUGGAGAACGGAAAGGCCAGAAAACUUUGUAGUAUGUGUAAAAGCAGCUUUGUCUCAGCUGUGUGUGAGGGGAUGGAUGUUUUUCCAGGGAGAAGGCAUCUCCUUUGCUGUUGUGCUGUGUUGGAUUUGCUGCGAGAGGAACGUUAAGGUGGUCCUGGUUUGGGUGGUGGCCUUUGGGUCCUCGCUGGGCGUGUGGGUCUUUGCAGGGUGUCACGGAAGGGUGCUUCCAGCCUCGGGGAAGCAAAGGCUGGAGGGAGCUGGCUCUGUAAUUAUUUUUGAGAGACUGACAGCUUUGCAGGAUAGAAACAGUCUCGAAUAAUUUACCUUUAGAGCAGCUGAAACUGUGUCACAGGCAUGGGGAAGAAUCAGAGAGUCAAGAAGGGAGAUGUUACCCUCUAAAAAAUUCACCUCGAUCUGGAGGCAGCGUGUCCCUGAAGGCUCGGCAGCCAGAGGCUUGGAAACACAGUGCUGCCCUCAAUAUCGGGAUGUGGAAUGAAAGCAUGCGUAAUUAGGAACUCCAGAAAAAAAAAAAAAGAAAAAAAAGGCAUUAAAUAGCUUUAGAGGUGAAUGGAAGCUUCAUUAUUAAGCACCAACUGCUUAGCUGCAGUUCGUGGUGCCUCUUCCUUUCAAAUCACGCACACAUGAAAGUGCUCCCCGCCCCCAGCCGGGGCCUUAUCGGCUUAUCUGGGCAGGAGUUCAGAGCCAUAAAAACUGUAUCCUGCUUACACCUUCCAGCCGAUCCUGUGACCUGGGCUGUGUAAACAAGUUGUACCAGGAGCUCCGAAUGACUGAUUACACAGCGUUUUUGGGACACACCUCUGUUGGAUUUUAAUAUAUGUCCUGUGAAGAACAGCUUUCAGCUAUGGAAUCGACGGUUGAUGAUGAGGCGAUGGCAGCAUAAAUGAAGAUCAAGUAAGGAAGGCAGAACGAUGCCCAAGGGUGGGUGUUCUAAAACACCACAGUCAGAAGAUUUCUCUCUCAGCAACGACAUGGUGGAGAAACAAACGGGGAAAAAGGAUAAAGAUAAAGUUUCUCUAACCAAGACUCCAAAGUUGGACCGGAGCGAUGGCGGCAAAGAGGUGAAAGAGCGAGCGACCAAACGCAAGCUGCCUUUCACUGUCGGAACAAAUGGAGAUCAAAAAGACUCGGAUACAGAGAAGCAGGGUCCCGAGCGGAAGAGGAUUAAAAAGGAGCCCGCCACCAGGAAGCCGGGCCUGCUCUUCGGCAUGGGCCUCUCGGGGAUCCGGGCAGGGUACCCGCUCUCCGAGCGCCAGCAAGUCGCUCUCCUCAUGCAGAUGACAGCAGAAGAGUCUGCAAACAGCCCAGUUGACACAACACCAAAGCAUCCCUCUCAGUCUACAGUUUGUCAGAAGGGAACUCCCAACUCUGCCUCCAAAACCAAAGAUAAAGUAAAUAAGAGAAACGAGCGAGGAGAGACUCGGCUGCAUCGCGCUGCCAUCCGCGGGGACGCCCGGCGCAUCAAGGAGCUCAUCAUCGAGGGUGCAGAUGUCAAUGUGAAGGACUUUGCAGGCUGGACGGCGCUGCACGAGGCCUGCAACCGGGGCUACUACGACGUGGCCAAGCAGCUGCUGGCGGCGGGCGCCGAGGUCAACACCAAGGGGCUGGACGAUGACACCCCCCUGCACGACGCGGCCAACAACGGCCACUUCAAGGUGGUGAAAUUGUUGUUGCAUUAUGGAGGGAAUCCUCAUCAAAGCAACAGGAAGGGCGAGACACCUUUGAAAGUAGCGAAUUCUCCCACCAUGGUGAACCUGCUCCUGGGGAAGACCACGUACCCCUCCAGCGAAGAGAGCUCCACAGAGACCUCAGAAGAGGAGGACGCCCCUUCCUUCGCUCCCUCCAGCUCCGUUGAUGGCAAUAACACAGACUCAGAGUUUGAGAAGGGUUUGAAGCACAAGCCCAAGGCCCAGGAGCCCCCCAAAACCAUCACCCCGGUGAAGGAUGAGUAUGAAUUCGAUGAGGACGAUGAGCAGGACCGGGUCCCACCGGUCGAUGACAAACAUUUGCUGAAAAAGGAUUACAGGAAAGAGACUAAAGCAAACAGUUUCAUUUCCAUACCCAAAAUGGAAGUGAAAACUUAUACUAAAAAUAACACAAUUACACCAAAGAAAGCUGCCCACCGCAUCCUGUCGGACAGCUCGGACGAGGAGGAGACCAGCGUGGCCGUGGGCACGGGGGAGAAGCUGCGCCUCUCCACCCACUCCAUAUUGCCCAGCAGCAAAAUUCGGGAGCCCGCCAGCACCAAGGCGCCCAAGGAGAAAAGCAAAGUAAAAAAGAAGCGGAAGAAGGAGACAAAAAGCAAAGAGGUUCGGUUUGGCAAAAAAAAUGACAAGUUUUGUUCCUCUGAAUCAGAGAGUGAAAACGUGGAGAGUGAGGAGGAUGAUAGAGACUCUCUACAGAGCUCUAGCUGUGUAAAGGACUCAAGGCUAGUGCUAAAGGAAUCCUCCUUGUUUAACUCUCUGUCUGCCUCAUCGACCUCUUCACAUGGGAGUUUAGCAUCCCAGAAACAUAAUCCCAGUCUUACAGAACAGCACUCCAAGCACUGGAGGACGGACAAUUGGAAAACCAUAUCUUCUCCAGCUUGGUCAGACGUCAGUUCCCUAUCGGACUCCACCAGGACGAGGCUGACGAGCGAGUCAGACUACUCGUCCGAGGACUCGAGCUUAGAGUCACUAAAGCCAGUCAGGAAGAAACCAGAGCACAAAAAGAAAAACACCCCCCACAACACUGUUUCUGAGAAAAAGAAUUCAUUCCAUAGCAAUGUGGAUGGAGCAAUUCCAAAGCUGGACAAGGAGGGGAAGGUUGUUAAAAAGCAUAAAACAAAACACAAACAUAAAAACAAGGAGAAGGGACAGUGUCCCAUCAGCCAAGACAUUAAAAUAAUCAAAACAUUUUCUUUUGAGUUUGAGGACUCUAAACAAAAGCCUGAGAAAGGCUUGUUAGUAGAGACAGAAAAUCCAGUCGAAAACAAGUUGAAAGUGUUAAAGCACGAUAGGGAACAUGGUAAGAAGGAGGAAAAGCUCCCCAAAGGUAAAGCAGAGGAGAAGGAGUGGUUGUUUAAAGAUGAGACUGGAAAAUCCUCAAAAGAGGAGAAAUCAUUAAGGAAAAUCAAAGAUGGUAGUAAAGACCUGAGCAAAUCCUUCAGAGAAGGAUUGAGUAAAUCAGAAAAAGAGAAACCUGUCAAGGAGAAGUCUCCCAAGGAGGAGAAGCCGAGAAUACACAAGGAGGAGAGAAAGAAGAAGUCAAAGGACAAACAGUCCAAAUCUGAGAAGAAGAAUGAGCUGAAGGAGGAGAAGGUUUCUAAACUAGAGAAAGAAAAAUCCUUCAAGGAAGAGAAGGAAAAAUGCAAAAAAGAAAAACUUUACAGGGACGAGUCCGGGUUUGAUGAGUUUAAUAACAAAACUCAAUUUGCCGAAAGCGAGGACACAAAGUUCAGCCUUUCGGACGAUCAGCAGGAGAGGUGGUUUUCAGACCUGUCCUCUGAUUCAUCCUUCGAUUUCAAGGGUGAGGACAGCUGGGAUUCUCCAAUAACGGAUUUCAGGGAGAUUAAAAAUGACACCGUGGCAAAGCUAAUCAUAGAACCUGUGAAAGAGGAAAUUAAAGACAAGAAAAAGGAAAAUAAAAUAAAAGAGAAGAAGGAAUACAACGAGAAGCGGAAUGAAAAGGACACUUUCUUAAAGAAAAAGGAGAGGGAUUAUGUGGAGAAAAGCUCUGAGAAGAAAAAGGACCAAACAGACAGGCACAAAGUUACUCCCAGUUAUUUGCCUGAAAAGGAUAAGAAAAGGAAGGAUUCUGUGGAGACUGGCAAGGAGAGGAAAGAAAAAGACACAGGUGAAACCAACAAAGACAGAAAAGAUUCCUCUGACGGCUCUAAAGAGCGAAAAGAUCCCAAGACGAAGCAGGAGGAGCCCUAUCGAGAUGACUUCAAGGAGUACGGCUGUGAAACAUUCUUCAAGGAUAAGUCCGACCCUGAGUUCAGUGGCAAAACCCUGGAGAGUUGGGAGAGGCACCAUUCUGGAAAGGAAAAGGAGAAGAAAGAUGCUCCUGAUAAAGAAAAAAAAGAAAAGGUCAAGCCAGAAAAAUACAAGGAAAAAUCCAAAGAAGGCGACAAGGAGAAAAAUGAAAAAGCUGCUCCAGAGAAAAUCCUGAAGGACAAAGAACUAGAGAAGAGUUUCAAAGAGAAGAAAGAAACCAAGGAGAAAUACAAGGAUCUUCACAGCAAAGACAAGGAGAGGAAGAGUUCCUUCGACCAGGUGAAGGAGAAGAAAGAGAAAAACUUUUCCACAGACAGAGACGAUUUCUCCGAGAAGAAGGAUGAGAAGAAAGGCAAGGAGAAGAGCUGGUACAGCAUCGCUGACAUCUUCACGGAUGAGAGCGAGGACGAGAGGGACGAUUACAGCCUGAGCGGGUUCAAGGUCGGCGACUCGGCUGGCAGCGAGAUGCAUCGCCUGGACAGCCUGCAGGACAAGGAGGACGGCGCGGCGGCCGAGAAGGAGCUGUACCCCGACAAGCACCGCAAGUACUCGUCCGACCGGCAGCACUCAGAGAAGCAGAAGGAUAAGGAGUCCAAGGAGAAGAAAAAGGACAAAGGAACAUCGGAAGGGGGAAAGGAGAAGAAGGAGAAGAGUUCCUUUGAGAAACACAAAGAGAAGAAAGAUAAAGACUCCAGUGAGAAGUAUAAGGACAGGAAGGAAAGAAUGUCCAUAGAUUCCACUCAGGAGAAGAAAAACAAGCAAAAGCUCCCAGAAAAGGUUGAGAAGAAACACACCAGUGACGACAAGGUGAAAAGCAAACAUAAGGAGAAGCCGGACAAGGAGCAUUCCAAAGAGAAGAAGUCUUCAAAAGGAGGGGAGUCAGAGAAGAGCCUGCUGGAGAAACUGGAGGAGGAGGCUCUGAAUGACUACAGGGAUGACUCCAAUGACAAAAUCAGCGAGAUCUCCUCUGACAGCUUCACGGACAGAGGGCAAGAGCCAGGACUCACCAGCCUCUUCGAGUCUUCUAACCUCUCUCUGACCGAUGCCGCUGAAGAAAAGUUUAAGGACUCUCUCCCUUUACCCUGCCUUCAGGACAAGCUCAAGGAGAAGGAGAGGCACCGACAUUCCUCAUCUUCCUCAAAGAAAAGUCACGAGAAGGAAAAAGCAAAGAAAGAAAAGACAGAGAAAAAGGAAAAAUCAGAAGAAUUCAAGGACUCCAGCAGCAGAAAGGAUUCCGCUCAUUAUGAAAAGGAUUUCUCUGUGGAUGGGGAGGCUUUUGGCUCUUCCUACAACAUGAAGGCAGACGCUGAUGAGGAACCGGAGAAGAGCAUUGAUUACUUAUUUUCUGAAAAGAAGGAUAAAAAUGAUUCUGAAAGAGAGCUGUCAAAGAAGGCGGAGAAAGAAAAGACUUAUGGUUCCAGCACCAUCAGCACAGCUAAAGAGAAAAAGAAGCGGGAUAAACACAAGGAAAAAUGGAAGGAGGAAAAGGAAAAGCAUAGGGACAAACACACAGAUGGUUUCUUUAAACAUCACAAAGAUGAGCCAAAGUCAACACUCAAAGAUAAGGACGGGCCUCAAGUUACCACCUUUAAAGAUAAAUCCAAGGAGGACAACCUCAAAUUUGGUGAAACCAAACUGAAGGAGAAGCUUAAGGAGAAUCAAGACAAAGACAAAUCAGAGUCCAUAAAAAUAAGCAAUGGGAAUGAAAAAAUAACCCUUUCCAAAGACAGCGGCAAGAAGGAUGCCAGGCCAAGGGAGAAACUUCUGGGAGAUGGUGAUUUGAUGAUGACCAGCUUUGAGAGGAUGCUGAGCCAGAAAGACCUGGAGAUCGAGGAGCGCCACAAAAGGCACAAGGAGAGAAUGAAGCAAAUGGAGAAAAUGCGGCACAGGUCUGGAGACCCCAAGUUAAAGGACAAACUUAAAAGCUCGGAGGAUGUACGCAAGAGGAGCCUGGAUCUGCCAACCAAGAAGCCGCUAACGCUGGACACGCAGCUCAAGGACAAGAAACUCAAAGAGUUGGGUCCCCUGACUCCUAUUCUGUCACCUGAAAACAAGGCACAGCCUGCUGUGGGGACAGACUCCAAGGACUGGAUCACGGGUCCUCAGCUGAAGGAGAUCCUCCCAGCAUCUCCCAGGCCAGAUCAGAACCGGCCCACGGGCGUCCCGACGCCGGCAUCCGUCGUGUCAUGCCCGAGCUAUGAGGAGGUGAUGCAGACUCCCAGGACUCCAUCGUGCAGCAACGAGGACUACACGGACCUGAUGUUUGAGUGUGCGGACUCUCAGCACUCGCUGCCCAUCUCCACCAUGUCCAUGAACGCCUGCUCUCCUUCCUUCUUCGACAGAUACACCAACGUUUCCAGCGGGCUCCCCGAGAACCCCAGUCAGACCCCAACUCGCACCAUACCCUCCUCAAACCUCUACCGUUCCAUCUCAGUGGAUAUCAGGAGGGCGCCCGAAGAGGAAUUCAGUGUUGGAGAUAAGUUUUUCAGACAGCAAAGUGUCCCAGCAACAUCAAAUUAUGACUCUCCUGUGCAGCAUUUAAUGGAGGAGAAAGUUCCCCUUCCCUCUGUUCCUGCUGAGAAGUUCCAGUGUUUGUCUCCUGGGUAUUACUCCCCGGAUUAUGGAGUUUCCUCUCCCAAAGUGGAAGCUUUGCACUGCGCUCCGGGAGCCGUCAGCGGGGUCGCCCAGUCUCCCGAAAGUGUCUUUUCUGGUUUACAAGCAAAAUCCUCCCCUUCGCACAGGGAUGAGUUGCUGGCUCCUUCAGUGGAAAGUGCUCUUCCCCCUGACAUCGGCAUGCCCUUGGAUACCACAGAGGAGCAGCAAGCCACUGCCUCCAUCAUGCCACCAGAAUCCACCUACCUACCACCCAUCGAAGAAAACCAUUUUAGUUCAGGAAUGCCUGAACAAAACAACAUAGACUGGGAUAACCCUCCUUCCCGAAACCCAGACACCGCCAUUCCUCCCAGCCUCAUGGGCAACCCCACAGAGCACCCUGUCACCUGGUCCAUGGGCUCGGAGCUUCUGAUGAAAUCUCCCCAGAGGUUUUCCGAGUCCCCUAAACCUCCACUCUGUUCCCUAGAGCCAAUUCAUCCUGCGCCAGUAGCCUUCAUUCCCACAGAGACUUCCUACCCUGUUUCUCCCAUCUCGUACCCUCUGUCAGUGUCGGAACCGAGGCUGGAGGAAGUCAAGGAGGAUGCUGAGGAAGCAGUUCCAGGAGAAAUUGCAAAUGCUGAAGAGCAAGCUCCAUACAUGUCCCCUACUAGGUUAGACACCUUCUUCAACAACUGCAAGCCUCUUCCAGAAGAAGCACCAGAGAUCCCUCCAGAGCCCCCGUGUGUGCCAGCAGAACCUCAGGCCGAAGUCGUUGCUGCACCAGAAAACAACUAUUUGGAAAACAGCAACGCAGCACCUGCGAAUGCAGAGGAGGCGGUGACGUGGCCAGACCCCUUCACCAACACCGAGGAUGAAUUGGACCUUGGCCCCUUCUCGCUCCCAGAGCUGCCACUCCAGCCUAAGGACGUUGCAGAGACGGAGAUGACCGAGGCGGAAGCGGUGGAGGAGAGCCCAGCAGCAGCUCCAGAACCGAGCGGUGGGAUCAUCAAAGCCGGUGCGUCCGUGAUAGCGUCCAGUGAGCCAGAGGAGCCACCGGCCAGCCAGGCAGCGGCCACCCUGCCCACGGACACAGAGCCACCAGCAGAGGAGCAGAAACCAGAAGUGGCCGCACAAGAAGCCGCCUCGGAAGCGCUGAACGCGGCUGAGGAGAAGGCAGCGGAGGACUCGGAAGCGCAGGCGUUCCAGCAGACCCCGUCCGAGCCCGCGCCCGCGGAGAGCAAAGAGGUGGAGGCCGUGCACGAGGAGGUGUCGGCGGCUGGUGGGGUGGCAGAGGGCAGCUCCCAGCCCUGCCCUGUGCCCGUGGCCGGCUCCGAGGCCGGCGUUCCACAGGACGGUGCCGCGGCCCGCGGUGGGAGCCAGGCCCCACCACCCCCGGCGGACACACCUCCUGGCAAUGCUCAAGCAGAAAUUGUGGAACCAGUACAAAAACCAGUAGCAGAAGCUCCCAAACCACCCAAAAUAGAAGAGAUUCCUCAGCGGAUUACCAGGAACCGGGCUCAGAUGCUCGCCAACCAAAACAAGCAGAACGCCGCCGCAUCCGAGAAGGAAUUUCCUCCCGUCUCUGCGCCCGUCACGCGUGCCAAAGGCCGCAUCACGGAGGAGGACGAUUCCCAGGCUCAGCACCCGCGGAAGCGCCGCUUCCAGCGCUCCAACCAGCAGCUGCAGCAGCAGAUCAACACGUCCACCCAGCAGACGAGGGAGAUGAUCCAGCAGACACUGGCAGCUAUCGUCGAUGCCAUCAAACUGGACGACAUCGAACCUUACCACAGCGACAGGUCCAACCCCUACUUCGAGUACCUCCAGAUCAGGAAGAAGAUUGAGGAGAAGCGGAAAAUCCUGUGCUACAUUACUCCCCAAGCUCCGCAGUGCUAUGCUGAGUAUGUCACCUACACAGGCUCCUACCUGUUGGAUGGCAAGCCCCUAAGCAAGCUCCAUAUUCCAGUGAUCGCGCCGCCGCCGUCGCUCGCGGAGCCGCUCAAGGAGCUCUUCAAGCAGCAGGAGGCCGUGCGGGGCAAGCUGCGGCUGCAGCACAGCAUAGAGCGGGAGAAGCUCAUCGUCUCCUGCGAGCAGGAGAUCCUGAGGGUGCACUGCCGGGCAGCGAGGACCAUUGCCAACCAGGCCGUGCCCUUCAGCGCCUGCACCAUGCUGCUGGACUCCGAGGUGUACAACAUGCCUCUGGAAAAUCAGGGAGAUGAAAACAAAUCGGUCAGAGACCGUUUCAACGCGCGACAGUUCAUUUCCUGGCUGCAGGACGUGGAUGACAAGUAUGACCGGAUGAAGACGUGCCUGCUCAUGCGACAGCAACACGAAGCAGCUGCCCUGAACGCCGUGCAGAGGAUGGAGUGGCAGCUGAAGGUGCAGGAGCUGGACCCCGCGGGGCACAAAUCCCUCUGCGUGAACGAGGUGCCCUCGUUCUAUGUGCCAAUGGUCGACGUGAACGAUGACUUUGUGCUCUUGCCGGCAUGACAGUUCCAAGCCAGGAGACAUCUCUGAACACUGGCAAGGACGGGAGCGCUCCGAGGUCGGGCGGUCGAGCUCACAUUCACCCUUAACCGCUUGCUGAUGAAUCCCUGGUCAGAGGAGGAGGAAGCAGCUAUCGGCAGAAAACAAAACAAUAAGAAAAAGAAUUGCACUUUCUUCACGACGUGUCCCUCGCUUCCGGACUGACGCGGCUCCGCGGGGCAGCGGGCCGGGCGCAGCUCCUUCCCGCCGGCGCCCGCGGCGGGGAGGCUCCGGGCAGCGCGGGCAGCGGGCGCUCAGCGGCCCCGGGACUGGCCGAGGCGCGGAGGGACGAGGCCAAGGACACCGUGUGUGUGUUGCGGAAGCUGCUGAGCGGGGCCAGCAACCACGUGAACCAUGUACUUGUGAACACCGUGAUUUCCAGCUCUCUGUUUUCCACCGGGCGCGGAUCUCCUCUCGGAGAAGCUGCAGUAGGAAACCAUGGGGGGAGGGAGGGGGGUGUUUGAGUUUCUCGUUCCAUCAUGGGUAUGUCUAAAAAAAAAACAAAACAAAAAAAUACUACAAAAAAAAAAAAUCACAAAAAAAAAAAAAAAA